AUGAGUCAUGAUUGUUUUCAUUUGUUGUUGAAAUACUUCUGAAAGUGGUUGGAAAUUCAGUUCUUACUAUUACAACAUAACUAAUCGUUAUUACAUUAAUAGUAAAAAAGAAAGAAAUGGUGUCCAGCACGAAUCUGAUAAACUUGAAUGCAGUUUGUAUUAUUGAAAUACUGAAGCAAAUUCAAAAGAAUUGUGAAAUUAAUGAAAACACUAAUUACACCGAUCUAAUAAACUUUGCGUUGACAUGUGAAUGGUUUCGCGAUGUGUUCUUGGAAUGGAAUCCUUCUCUAUAUGAAAAACUUAAAAUUGAGCAAAAAUAUUUAGUGCAGUCAAAAAGUAUUGUCCUAAAUUUCGACAAGCUAUAUAAGCGACUAGAAAAAUUAACUGAAACUGAAAAAACUGAAUUUUGGAAUAUCUACGUGAAGUGCAUUAAAUUUUAUAAACGCUUAGAAAAAAUAGAAUUCAGAUAUAAUUCAAAUGAAUACGAUAAAUAUCAUGGGGAAAUUAUCAAUUUAUUUAUGGAUGCUAUUACAUUUAAAGGGAGAUUAAAGAUACUAAUUUUGAAUAUGGAAGGAUGGUAUCUUCAAAAAUUACCUCAGCUGCGACAAUUGAAACAACUGUCUGUGAAUGUAAAAAUUGAUGGAAAAUAUUUGGUUGAUUAUUGCAAGUUAAAUUCAAAUCUUACUCGAUUGGAUUUAAUGAAGAAAGAGCAUACUGAACAACUCGUCGAGAUAAUAAAGCACUGUAAAAAGUUAAGAGAUCUAACCUUUGUAAUUAAAAAGGAUUUAGUUGAUGCAGAGUAUAUAGAAUUAAUGGAACUUUCUGAUUUAGUAAACCUGCGCAUACUUGGAGUGCAUGAAAGCGGUUCUCUUACUUCACUAUUCAAAGCAUUGGCCGCAAAAAAAUCAAGUCACCUUGCCAGACUGGUUAUAGAUACCGCGCCCUUGGAUAUCGUUGAGAUUGCCAAAGCUUGUGAAAUAAAAUCGCUGGAGGAAUUCAGAUGCAGAUUUGCUAAUUUGCCGAAUUUUUAUUUAAUCAUAUAUCGUGUUAAAGGCAAUGAUUAUGUGAAUUUCACCUUUGAGUGUGAAACAGAUGCCACUGAUCUGGCAUUUCUAGCAGAUUUACCAAAAUUUCAAUCUCUUCGCAUAUACGGAAGACACAAGCCUGGAACAUUGAAACCACUCUUUAAGAGAAUUGCAGCAAAGGAAAAUCCACAUUUCCAGCGCUUGAAGAUAUUACAACAUAAUGGGAUCCGAACGAUGUUUAAUAAUGAUGAGAUGCAAGAACUUUUGAGAAUCAGUACUCUUGACAAUUUGAACUGUGUAUUCGCUGAUGAACUUCCCAUGGAUUUCCCAACACAAUUGCCUGACCUUUACAUAGUUACUAUAGAAUCACAUGAAAGUUCAGCUCUGCGUUGCUUAUUUCAGGCAUUUGGUAAUGAGUUGUACUUCAAUCUUCAAUCCUUGACAAUCGCAGGAUUUCCUAUGGAAUUAGAAGACUUGCUGCAAAUUGCUAAAAUUCAAUCAAUAACUGACCUCAAUUGUGGCUUAAGCGAUUUGAAUAGCAUAUGCGAACUGACGCGCCUUUCUCAGCUCAAAUUGCUUACGAUAAAUUCGUCACAUGAACUUAACGACUUCUCUGAAGCUAUUGUGAAUUUUAUCAAGGCCUCCAAAGGAAAUGUCAGCUUACUUAGCAAUAAGAAUGGCAUUGGCUUCGAUCGAAAUGUAAGAGCUUUAACUAUAACAAUGUCGGAGAAAAUGAAUUCUGCAGGACUAACACCUUUGGCCAGAGUGCCAAACCUACCAAAUAUUAUCAUAUACGGAGAAAAUCAACACAACUGUCUAACGGGUUUAUUUAGAGAGUUUGCCAAUCACGAGGCUACAGUGCUUCAGGAAUUGUCCUUUAAUUAUGAAAAUCUUCCCAAUAGUCUCGAUGAAGUUACACAAAUUGCGAAGAUCAAAACGUUGCGGUAUUUGGAAUGCGGAUUCUCUGAACCUCUCAGCUUAGAACUCUUGCAACAUUUGCCUCAACUCGAAGCACUGAGAGUGACAUCUACGCAUCAGUUAAAGGACAUAGCAAACGAAGUUUUGGCAAUUCUUAUGGGUUGUGCAAAUGAAAUAACCAUCUCACGAUCUUUCAGAGAUAUCACAUAUAACAAGGAUCAAAGGAGAUUGACAAUUACAAACAGUUCUUACGAUAAUGAAGUAUUAGAUGCUCAGGAAUACGCAGCACUUUCGCAGUUGCCGCAAAUGAAAUCUUUGCAUAUUGUUGGCAGACACAAGCUGGGAACAUUUAAAGAUCUUUUUGCAGAGUUAGCGAUGAAUGCGAAUUCAACCCUUCAAGAAAUAAUCUUCAGGAAUAAAGAUAAAUAUCAGAACGAUACUCAAAAGUUGCUUAUUAAUAAUGAAGAAACCGAGGAAAUCGUUAAGAUAUCGUCAAUAAAAAGAUUGAAAUGUGGCUUCAGUGAUGCAAAAAGUAUUAAACUUCUUACUAAACUAAUCAACCUGAAAGAGUUAAACAUAACCAGAUAUCUAGAUGGUUCUCUUGAACUGUUCCUUCAGGAAUGGUCUUCAGUGCAUUCUCCUAAACUUCAAUCUUUAAACUUAUCUGGCAAGUCACUAAAAUAUGAAGAGAUUGCUCAAGUUGCCAAAAUCAAUUCGAUUAAAAGAUUAGAUUGUGCUGUUGGCGAUGGACAAAAUGUUGAACUCUUAGCCCAAUUGAAACAAUUAGAAGAGCUUAAUAUUAGAGCAGAUGAGGUUAGCUCUUUAGCAAGAUUAUUUCAAGCAUUGGUUAUUACAGAAUCAAAAACUCUUCAACAUUUAAAGAUUGCUAAUCGAGCUUUAGUAUAUGAAGAGAUGCAGCUUAUUUCUCAAAUGCAAAAUUUAAAAAAACUGAGCUGCACCUUAAACUGCACAGAGAGCAUAAAAAUAUUAAGCAAUUUAACGCAUCUGAAUGAAAUAUCAAUAGAAUUCGAUCAAUGUGAAGUAGAAGAUAUCGAAAUGUUGGCUCAACUAAAAAAUCUAGUUUGCUUAGAUAUUAAAUCUCCAGAAGUUGGAUCUCUCAGGAAUAUUUUGCCUCAACUUAUAAACCUGCAAAGUUUAACAAUAAGCGGAAAUGAUAUAAAUUCAAGUGAAUUUUCUGCGUUGGUAAAUUUGACAAAUCUUGAAGUCCUGGAGAUAACAUCAUAUUUUUAUAUUGACGAUAAUUAUACAUUUCUGUUAAGUUUAAUGCAAAACUGUCGUCAGCUGAAAUCAAUAGUUUUACAUUAUGCAAGCCGUUUCGUGGGACUCGAUUUUAUGAAGAAUGCUUUGAGAAUUCUCAAAGAAGUGAGAAAUCCCCAAGAACAGGAAGCCCUUAGACUGCAAAUUCCUUAUUUUGGAGGCUUAACACCAGAGCAAAUUGCCAUCUCAGAACCAAACUUGAUUAUCAUAUGCAGAUUUGCAGAGGAACUUGACUGAAUUCUUCGAAGACUUUUUGUCGGAUUUUCUUUAAGUGGUUGCUCUUCAACUUUCCAGCAGAUUAAACAUUAUGAUUGUCCAUGCUUAUACAACCAAUUGAGUAAAUUUUACUGCCGCAAAAGCCUAAAAGUCAGUUAAUUGUUAAUUUUUAUGCCUGAAAAAUGCAAACAAGCGAAUUUUUGUUUCGAUAUUUA